AUGUCUGUUUCGGAAGCGGGUCAUUGGCGGGAUGGGGAGUGGUUAUGGGACGUGCAAAAUUGGUUUUAUGGAGAAGAAGAAGAGGAGUUUUUUCUUAUUCAGAUGCUGCUUGGGUUGCUGGUUAAUGUUCCUAUGGUGCAGAACGAGGAAGAUUCGUUCGAGUGGGAACCGGACAAGUAUGGAGGGUUUACGGUCAGCUCUUGUGCGAAAGAAAUCAAGAAAAGAGGGGCUGAGCAGGGUGUGGAUUCAGCUGUAGCAGCAAAGCUAAAUCUUUUGUGGAACUUGAAGGCUCCAUCCAAGGUGAAAAUUUUUGUUUGGAGGCUAAUUUUGGACAGAAAUCCGACGCGACAUCAACUGAAGAAGAAGAGGAUUUUGAUCACUCCUUCUGACUGCUGCUGUGUGUUUUGCUCUAGUGCUGAAGAGGACUCCAAUCAUUUGUUUGUUGGGUGUCCUGUUUUGGAGAAGGUGUGGGAGAAAAUUGGAGUUUGGAUAGGUACGUCGAUUUCGUUAUCAAACCUUGAGUUGAGAAAUUAUCUUGCUUUCUUCGACAAAAUUAAGGUUUUAGACGAAAGAUUAACUGUAGGGAUUAUUUGGAUGGCGGUUGUUUGGAAUUUUUGGAUUAUGAGGAAUGCCAUAGUGUUUAGGGGCUGCACGUUUAGUUUUGACGAAUGUGUCAGUGCGAUAGUGUUAUCCUCUUGGAAGUGGUUUAGAGCAGUUAAUAUUUCUUCUGUGUACUGUAAUUUUCAUGUCUGGAACAUUUUACCUCUAAACUGUAUAAAGAGGUAG